AAGAUUAAUUUUGAAAAUGUCUUUCUAUCCUGGUUAUCCCUAUGCAGCACCUUUGACAAGAUCAAUUGCAGCACCAAUGACAUAUGCUCAACCAGUGUCAUAUGCACCACCAGUGUCAUAUGCUCAACCAAUGUCAUAUGCCCCUUAAUUAUCAUAUGCAGCCCCUGUCUAAUAUGCAAGACCUGUCACUUAAUCUGUAGUUUAGCCAGUUGUAGCUUAACCUGUAGCUGUUUAACCAGUUUUACAAUAAUCUGUUAUUGCAUAACCAGUUGUUCAACAACCAGUCUAACCAGCAAUAAAAGGAGAAUCUAGAGUUGAAUAUAGAGAAUACUAAAGACCUGUAGUUGAAAUGGAAACUGAGACUGUUUAAGUUUAAGUGCCAAAAACAAAAUAUGUCACAGAUUAUUAUCCUAUUGAAUAUCAAACAGAAUACAUUCCUAGAACAGUCUAUGAAUAAUAAACAGAAUAUGUUCCUGUUACUAAAACAGUACCAAGAGUUGAGUAUGAAGCAAUUGAAAGAGAAGUUUAAAGAGUAUACAAUUUAAUAUAUAAAUUUAGGCUUAAUAAGUCGUUGUUUAAUAACCUGUCUUACAGUAAGUUGUCUAACAACCAGUUGUUUAAUAGGUAGUAUAACAACCAGUUGUCUAAUAAGUUGUACCUUAACCAGUUGUUUAAUCUGUUGUCUAAUAACCGUUGUCAUAUUCAUUAGUAAGACCAGCCCCAACAUAUGCUGCACCUGUAGCUUAUUCAAGUGUUGCUCCUGUGGCUUAAUAUCCAGGUUAUUAUGGAGGAUAUAGACCCUUCUGAUGGUUAUUUUAUAUUCAACAAUAAAUAUAACAUUUAUAUAUCCAAU